AUGGCUGCGGCAGCAAAGAGGCUUGUUUUGAUCACUGGCGCCAAUAGUGGUAUUGGUUUUGAGCUUGCCGCUCAGCUCUUAGCAAAGGGUACAUACCAUGUCUUUCUGGGAGCUCGAUCGGCCGAAAAGGGAAACGCUGCUCUGCAACAGCUGCGGUCUCGUAACUUGCCAGACAGCGUAGAGAUGCUUUUGCUGGAUGUCACCAAAGAUGAUUCUAUUGAGGAGGCUGCUGCUAAGGUUCGCAAGCAAUUCGGCAAAUUGGACAUCCUCGUGAACAAUGCAGCUAUCGCGCCAAUGGAGGGUGGCACGUUGCGUGAGUGCAUGCGUACCGCGUUCGAUACCAAUGCCACUGGACCUUUGAUCGUUACCAACGCCUUUGCGCCUCUCUUGAAGGAGUCAAAAGACUCGCCUAGGAUUGUCAAUAUCACCAGUGGAGCAGGCUCCAUCACUUCUCGUCUCAACAAGAACUCGCCUUUGUAUAAACUCCAAGGCCACCAGUACCGAGCUAGCAAAACUGCCCUCAACAUGAUUACUGCUUGUCAGUAUGUAGAGUACGAGCCUGAUGGAAUCACGGUUUUGCUUUACGAUCCCGGUUAUACCGUCUCGAACCUCGGCCCCCACAACAAGGCGGAGUUUGGUGCGAGAGCGCCCGUUGAUUCAGUUAUGCCUUUGAUCGAUGUAAUUGAAGGAAAGCGCGAUGAUGAAGCUCCUAAGAUAUUGCACAACACUGGUAUGUACGAGUGGUAG